GCAGAGAUGGAAGGAAAAUUAUUUUAAAAAUUCUCUGUGUCAUGUGAAAUGGCCAGCAGUAGUGUAAAGUGUAUGCGCUCGUUGCAAACCGCAUAGAAGGUUAAAAGAUUGUGUUUGGCUGCCAGAACCAAAAAGUCCUUCAUACUGCGAAGAGAAAAAUGCAUUUCCCAUCGCUGUGAGAGUGACUCAAACAGGAACCUUCCACCGUGUCUUCACAACCACACGGGUAAUUUAGUGCGUCGGACCCAUUACGGAAAUGCUACCCGGCUGUGACCUGCUCUGUGUUUUCAUCAAUAAAAUGGACUUUUAGCUGGACAUAAGAGUCAUGUUUAGUUUAAAGGCGUUGCACAAAAACAAAACACUCAAAUAUGGAGUCCCUAUGAUUUUGCUUGUAGUUGGAGGUUCCUUUGGCCUGCGAGAGUUCACACAAAUCCGAUAUGAUGACCAGAGGGUCAAAAGAAAGCUGGAUCCUUCACUGGAGGCUAAAGUGAACGUCCAGAAGCAGUCAGUCAUACUAGAGGAGGAGUACAUGAAGUUGGAAAAGACCAAUUUGGAUGAGUGGAAGAACAUCCGUGGUCCUCGUCCCUGGGAGGACUCCAAGGAGUACCAGGAGCAGCAGCGAGCCAGGCUGAAUAAAGAAGACUGAGGUGCAGGGACGAGAGACUGCUCCAUCCUGCUGCAGUGUGUGUGUGUGUGCGUGUGUGUGUGUGUUGGACAGGACAGGUCCAAAUCAGUCUCUGCUGAGGCCCGAGUAGCCCUGCAGCUUCAGGACAUGGACUCAAACCUCUUUAGUCUUGGUUUGUGUCUGUCUUGUCUCUUCUUGUGGUUAAAAUCAUGCCACAUGAGCCCAAACCAUGAGAUCCAUAUGCAAUGGUCUUUAAUCUCACCUGUUGGUUGUUUACUCUCCACUCUGAUCAGGAGUUUGUAUUAAAAAACAACCAGUAGGUGGCACAUCUGUGUGCUGCUGCACCUUACCUUUCACACAGAAAGCAAAGAAGGACAAAUAUAGCAACGUAUGAUUUCCAUGUCUCAAUAAAUUAUGUUCUAUUGAUCCAAAUUGUUACUUUUACUUUUAUUUAGUUUUUGACAAAAGCUCGUAGAUGCGGUGAGUCUUUGUUUACAACAGUAUUGCAUUGAUUUACCAGUUGAAAGUAUCAAAGAAUAAAUAACACAACAGUCCAGCCUUUCCUGAGGCUUUAUAGAUCUCGACAGUAAUCUGUUUCUCUGACAGUUAUUACUUUGCAAUGCGCUGGAUUUAUUACGUUUAUAAUGGAAAUCGUAUUACCUUUUUUUCCUUUUUUUUUGUUCUACAAACCAAAAGAACAUGAUUUUUGCUGCAAGUCUUCAGAUUGGACGUAUAAGUAAUGUUUGUGUGACUGACAGAUAAUGUAUGUACUGCCUUUCCUCAUUCAGUUUGUGAAAUAGGAUGUAAUGAAUAUUCUUCAGGUGGAGAGGUCUGUAUGAAAAUGUCCCCGGAUACAUAUUCUGUAAUCACAUUUUUUAUGUUCAUGAUUUUUGAGUCACUUUAAUACCCAGUGUUUCUCCGGCUCGGGAACAAACAACAGCUCUUAUGUGAGGAUUAUUUCUUCAUGCACAGGUUGUACAGAUCCAAAUCUCCUUGCUUUGCCGUUGGUUGU